UCGCUCAGCUCCCGCACCGGACAGCCGAGGAAGCAGGCGGGGGGCUGCCGCUCGCUGGGAACCAGGACCCCCGGAGUCCCGACCGUGCGACAGCCAUGUCCUCCGUCCUGGAACUAAGCGCCCUGUACGAGAGGUUCCUGACGCUGAACGGGAGCGAGCUGGACGCCUCUCCCUUCCCUCGCCGGCCCUCGGCCUGCAGCCCGGACCCGUCCCGCUGCAAGGGCGGCUCGGACCCCCCGGCGGACUCCCUGGGCUGGGGGCCGCGGAGCCCCUGGAGCCCCGGGCCGGAGCCUCCCCGCGGGGCUCCGUCGGCCGUCGGCCGUCCGCCCGUCCGCUCCAUCAGCCUCAUCGAGGGCGGGGGGCGCGGGCCGGGCAGCCCCCCGGUGGUGCCGCCGCCCCCGGGCUUCCCCCCGCUGCGGGCCCCGGCCGCCCCGGCCGCCCCGUCGAGCCGCUACAAGACGGAGCUGUGCCGGACCUUCGAGGAGAGCGGCCGCUGCAAGUACGGCGUCAAGUGCCAGUUCGCCCACGGGGCCGCCGAGCUGCGCCAGCUGAGCCGCCACCCCAAGUACAAGACGGAGCUGUGCCACAAGUUCUACCUGCACGGCCAGUGCCCCUACGGCGCCCGCUGCCACUUCAUCCACCACCCGGGCGAGGAGCGGGCGCCGCACGCCCUGCGCCAGAGCCUCAGCUACUCGGGCGCGCCGUCGGGCCCCGGCCCCCGGGCCUCGCCCCCGCCGCCCGACCCCAGCGCCUUCGCCCGGGCGCCCUCCGCCUCCCCGCCGCCCUCCGACCUGCUGUCGCCCUCCGCCUUCUCGGGGCUGCUGGGCGGCGGCGGCGGCUGCGGGGGGCCCGGACGGCUGGGCCCGGAGCCCGUCCCCCGCGGGGCCACCGUCGGGGAACCGGCCGGGGCGGGCUGCUGCGCCUGCAGACGCGGGCCGGGCCGGGGCCCCGGGGGCCUGGCGGGGGCCGGGGCCGCGCUCUUCCCCGGGGGGCUGCCCAGGACCCCCUCGGCCCACUCGCUGUCCUCCGACCUGGACUGCUACAGCAGCUCCGGCAGCCUCAGCGGCUCCGACUCGCCCGUCUUCGAGCUGCCCGGGGGCGCGGGGGGCGCGGGGGGCGUCCUGCCCGCCCCCGCCCUCGCCCCCUCCCGCCGCCUGCCCAUCUUCAACCGCCUGUCCGUGUCCGAGUGAGCCGGGGGGGCGGGGGGGGGGGGGGGAGCGGCGGGCCCCCCGCGGCCCGGACCCACGCGUGCCUCAAAGCUCUGUCCAGAUGUGGCCUUCGUCCUGCUCCUCCCACCGCCUCCCUGGUACACGAGGGGUUAACCGGCCCCCCCUCACACACACACACACACACACGCCGGGGACCCCAUUUGGGGGCUGGUGGGGAGGGGGCGGCACUCGAGGGGGAGGGUAUUUUUUUAUUUUUUAAUAUGUAGCAGAUUAAAGGGGAAGGAUGAGGGCGCCACCCCCCCGCCCCAACACCCCUUUUUAACCUUCAAUUUGUGCUGUGAAUAGAGCCAGGGACCCUUAAACGCCCCCUCCUCUCAUCCCCCCCCCACCCCCAGCCCCCAAAGGAGCUCUAAGGCCCAGUGGGGUGAGGGGGGGGGCG